AACUGCAGUAACUACGUGAAACACGCUCUAUCAGCGCAUGGGCAGGGAGCACUUCCGUUUCAGCUCACCGCGCAACAUUUCCUUCGUCUAAGCUUUCCAACGUAAAAAAGUUUUCUGUACUGCUUUUAGAUUACUAACCGCGUGUUGGCUGAAGUCAGUCCCUCGUCAUGAGCUUGUUCGGAACCAGCACAGGCUUUGGCGCGGGGGGAUUCGGAGCGGCAACUACAGACACCCACAACCCAAUGAAGGAUGUGGAAGUUACCUCGCCCCCAGAUGACAGCAUCAGUUGUUUGGCGUUCAGUCCCCCUGCCAUGCCAGGGAACUUCUUGAUAGGGGGGUCCUGGGCCAAUGAUGUGAGGUGUUGGGAGGUACAGGACAAUGGACAGACAGUCCCCAAAGCCCAGCAAAUGCACACAGGUCCAGUCCUUGAUGUCUGCUGGAGUGAAGAUGGAAGCAAGGUUUUCACUGCUUCUUGUGACAAGACUGCCAAAAUGUGGGAUCUCAACAGCAACCAGGCAAUACAGAUUGCACAGCAUGAUGCACCUAUAAGAACAGUCCACUGGAUCAAAGCCCCCAACUACAACUGUAUCAUGACAGGGAGCUGGGACAAAACUCUGAAAUUCUGGGACACCCGCUCGCCCAACCCAAUGAUGUCCCUGCAGUUACCGGAGAGGUGCUACUGCGCAGACGUGGUGUAUCCCAUGGCAGUGGUAGCAUCUGCAGAGCGAGGCUUGAUUGUAUAUCAGCUCGAAAACCAGCCCUCUGAGUUCCGGAGGAUAGACUCACCACUCAAACACCAGGUGACUGGUUUCACAUACCAGCACCGCUGCAUAGCCAUCUUUAAAGACAAACAGAACAAGCCUGCCGGAUUUGCUCUCGGGAGCAUUGAAGGCCGGGUUGCCAUUCACUACAUCAACCCACCCAAUCCAGCCAAGGAUAAUUUCACCUUCAAGUGCCACAGAUCGAAUGGAACCAACACAGCCACACCACAAGACAUCUAUGCUGUGAAUGCUAUUUCCUUCCACCCUGUGCAUGGGACACUGGCAACUGUUGGCUCUGAUGGACGCUUUAGCUUCUGGGAUAAAGACGCCCGCACUAAACUGAAGACCUCGGAGCAGCUGGACCAGCCAAUUACAGCAUGCUCCUUCAACAACAAUGGCAACAUAUUUGCCUAUGCCUCCAGCUAUGAUUGGUCAAAGGGACAUGAGUACUACAACCCUCAAAAGAAGAACUACAUCUUCCUGCGUAAUGCUACUGAGGAGCUGAAACCACGAAAUAAGAAAUGAUUUGGACUGUUGUUUC